AUGGAAAUAGAACUCGACUUCUUACUGGAAGAUCUCCGUCACGCGGAGCAACGGGCAAAAAAGGCAGAGCUGGACGUCAAACAUGCGGAGCAAGUUGAGGAGGCCAGACAGGAGGCAAAGCUUGGAGUCAAGCGAGCAAAAUUGAGACACCAACAGCUACAAGUUGAACCAAGCAGCCUCUCUGUUUAUCUCGAAGAGUGUCAUAAGCGUUCUCUUGCUAUCAGUUUCCAAACGAACAUGUCAAAAACAUAUCAUGGUUCAAUCGAUCCUUUCGGUAGAUUACGUCCCAAGCGCAUAAUACCCUGGGGAGCUUUUCCCACUUUCCAGCAGGCCAUGUGGAAGGCUAUCGAUGAUGAAGAUCCAGAAUUCUCCACACAUCGCGCUUUCGCGUCCAAGAAUCAAUUGGAGUUCAUUGGGAAUGGUGCUACCCGACCUAUAGCAUCCGAAUCUCAUCUUCAAUCCUUCCAAAGUGAGACCGUGGAUAAUCAUGUACAAUCCAUUCUUGUUGAAAUGAACAACAACGAGAGACUUCGUCAGCGUUUCAACAUUCACGGAUAUGUUAGGUCUGAACAUGAGGACAACGAUAAUAAUGCGUUUUACAUCCAUGUAGAGUCGGAUGAGCAAGAAGUCUCUCUGUAUGCUGUUGAAUACCAAACCCCGCAUGUGCUAUCAAUGUCUGAGAUUAUUGCUGGCCUUCAUGUGAUGCAUCUGGAUGAUGAUUUCAUUGACAAUAAUGGUGCAGUAAUCACGCAGUUAUUCUCCAAUAUGGCCAAUAUUGGAGUUCAGUAUGGCUAUAUCUACACCGGGGAGGCCUUCAUCUGUCUUCAUAUCACAGAAGACCCGUCAGUGGUGCAAUACUAUCUGCUUAUCCCCAAUUUAGACGUCACUGAUGGAGAUGAGUUUCGGCUCCAACGCACAGCAGUUGCUCAUGUUCUCGCCUUGACCCUGAACACCAUGCAAGCUACUCCACCACCGCAGUCAUGGUACGAUGCAGCUGAGCAACUGGACGAAUGGGAAAUUGACUUCCCUGAUCCUGACUACCCUGAUCCCUUAGAACACAUACCAGGAUCGGAUCGAGAAAAUGGCUUCGAACAGCUACACAUAUUCUGUAGGACUGGCUUCCUACUGAAGGCCACCACCAACGAGCAACUUCCAAGCCUUGAUGUUCCAGUACUCAUCGGGGACUUCGCUCCGCAGGUCCAGCAUUGGUAUCACGGUGAGCAAAUGGCGCAUAUACUUAUACUAAGCUAG